GAGCGAAGGUGAAUGACCCGACGGGCGGGUCGGGAGAGGCGGCACCGUGGCUGCGGGACUUCUGGGGCAACCCGCGGCCCUUAGGUCCAGACCCGACUUUGAGCCGCAAGAAUCCGUCCUGCUUUCUUCCGGGACUCGUCCCAACUCUGUCUCCUCUGUCCCGGAGUGACCGCCUUCUUUUCUCCCGGUCCUUUCGACUGGCACCCAGAACGCGAUGGCUGUUCCAUGAGGUCAAGACUGGGUUUCCCCCUUUCUACUGCUUUACUGAUGCCCAGUCUCAUGGGGUUAGUUUUGAGCCCAACACUAUGGCAUCAUCGACCUCCCUCCCUGCUCCUCAAUCCCAGUCCAAGAAGCCCCUGGGCAAGAUGGCUGAUUGGUUCAGGCAAGCCCUAUUGAAGAAGCCCAAGAAGAUGCCUGUUAACUCAGAAAGCCACUCCAGUGAUGGUUCACAGUCAGCCUCACAGGACAGCCACCGACCCUCAAAUCCCAAUUCAGUCAUGUCUUCCAACCCAUCAUCAGCACACGUGGAUACCAGUAGCAGCAGGGGCCGCUGGAGCAAAGACUAUGACGUCUGUGUAUGCCACAGUGAGGAGGACCUGACAGCUGCCCAGGAACUGGUCGCCUACCUGGAGAGCAGUACUGCCAGCCUACGCUGCUUCCUGCAGCUUCGGGAUGCAACCCCAGGUGGCGCCAUUGUAUCCGAGCUGUGCCAAGCACUGAGCAGUAGUCACUGCCAUGUGCUGCUUAUCACUCCAGGCUUCCUUCAUGAUCCUUGGUGCAAGUACCAGAUGCUGCAGGCUUUGACUGAGGCACCGGGAGCCGAGGGCUGCACCAUCCCCUUGCUGACUGGACUGACCAGAGAUGCCUACCCUCCUGAGCUCCGAUUCAUGUACUAUGUUGAUGGCAGAGGUCCUGAUCGUGGCUUUCACCAAGUCAAGGAAGCUGUCAUACGUUAUCUGCAGACGCUCAGUUGACACUUCUUAUGUUAUCAUGGGACCAAGGAAGUUGGAAUAAAGCUAGAUAUAGCCUAUAUAAGGCAUCAGAUUCAAGCAGAUAUAAUGAGACAUCAGGAGCCAGAGUCUGCAGCAUUUUAUAGUGGCCCUGGGAUCAGACUACCCAUCAGGCUUCUAUUACUGUGGGCUCCCCAGGAAGGCCAUGGAGAAGUCAGGGACUCCCCCAGGAAGGCCACAAGGAAGGUGGGGACUUCCCCGGGAAGGCCACAAGGAAGCUGGGGACUCCCCAGGAAGACCAUGAGGAAGCAGGGGAGUCCCCCAGGAAGCCAGAAAUAGAAGUUGGUAGGAAGUGCUGAUACCAGCAGGGUGAGCAGUCUUUUGCCUGCUGCCUAACUAGACAGGAAGCCUGGCACAUACCUGUCUCCUUCCCUGGUACUGGGCACUGGUGUAGAUAGGCAACCCUCCUAAAGAAGCACUCUAUUGUCAAUGAGCUGGAAGCCUAGACUGCAGAUCUCAGAAUGGAUGCUAUUCCCAGUUGCCUGGAGAAGCCCUGGAACAGGCAUCAGAAGAAAGCAACAGGUGUCAAGUCCUUCAUACACACUACUGCUGUUCUCUCUCCGAGAGACAUGGACUCACUUCAGAAAGCUGGAUGAAAGGUGCAGACAGCACUGUGCUGUAUUUUAUUUAUUGCACAAGUGCCAUUAGAUAUACAAAUCUAGGAUUGCAGAUGUACCUCAGGGUAGAUCAUAUGCCUAGCAUGCAUGAAGCCCGAGGUUCGAUCUCCAGCACCAAAAAAGAAACGUUGCCAGGCACAGUGGCACA